AUGCCUCCUCUCAUCGAGCUGAGCGACGGCAAUAAGAUGCCUCAAGUAGGAUUGGGCCUGUGGAAAAUGGACAACGCAACUUGCGCGGACGUCAUAUAUAGAGCCAUUAAGGACGGGUACAGGUUGUUUGAUGGUGCCUGCGACUACGGAAACGAAGUCGAGGCAGGCGAAGGUAUAGCCCGAGCCAUCAAAGAUGGCCUCGUCAAGCGAGAAGACCUCUUCAUCGUCAGCAAGCUCUGGAACUCAUUUCAUGAUCCUGAACAAGUCGAGCCGAUUUGCAGAAAGCAGCUCAAAGACUGGGGUGUAGAUUACUUCGACAUGUACUACAUCCACUUCCCCGUUUCCCUGAAAUACGUUGCGCCGGAGACGCGAUAUCCGCCGGGGUGGUUCUACGAUGGCGAGAAGGAGGUUGUGCACGGAAGCGCGACAUUGGAGAGCACUUGGAAAGCAAUGGAGGAGCUGAAGAAAACUGGCUUGGCUAAGAGCAUUGGGGUGUCCAAUUACACUGGCGCGCUGCUGUUGGAUCUUUUCACAUAUGCGACCACCAAGCCUGCCGUGCUCCAGAUCGAGCACCACCCCUAUCUCGUGCAGCAGAACCUGCUGGACCUCUGCAAACUGAACGGCAUUAAGAUUGUUGGAUACUCGUCAUUUGGCCCCCAGUCUUUCCGUGACUGCGAUAUGAAGCUUGCGGAAGACGUCACGCUUCUUUUCGACCAUCCUGUCAUCACCAAAAUCGCCAUCAAAUACCGCAAGACCGCCGCGCAGGUGCUGCUAAGAUGGGCCACACAGCGAGGAAUCUCCGUCAUUCCGAAAAGUAAUACUCAGGAUAGGUUGAUUGAGAACCUGGACGUGACGAGUUUCGAUUUGGAACAGGCGGAGAUUGAUGAGAUUUCAGGGCUGGACAAGGGACUUAGGUUUAACAGCCCACUCAACUACGGCAUCCCAGUCUACAACUUCGCCUAG